GGUAGAAGCGCAAGGAGCUGCGGGAAAGGAGCAAGGGAUCAUUUAGUCCAGCUCAAACAGAACCAGAACCAGAAACCUCGGAACUUUAACAGGAUGAUGCUGCAGCAUUCGGGUCUCUCUCUGGCCGACAUCAGCUGCUCCGCCCUCGUCCCCUGCCUCUCGCCGCCCGGCUCGCUCACCCUGGACGACUUCACCGGCUUCUCGCCCAUCGUGAAGGACGAGCUGCGGACGGCCAUCCAGGCCAAGCGGCGGUCCAACGGGCUGAGCGCCGACAUCGGCUCGGACGGCUCCAGCUCCGGGUCGGACCGGGCCUCAGAGCCGCCGUCGGGCCGCGCCGGCCUCAAGAGAGAGCUGACGACCGAGGAGCACGAGAGGAGGAAGAGAAGGAGAGAGAGGAACAAGAUCGCUGCUGCGAAAUGUCGCAACAAGAAGAAGGAGAAAACCGAGUCUCUGCAGAAGGAGUCAGAGAAGCUGGAGAGCGUCAACGCGGAGCUGAAGCAGCAGAUCGAGGAGCUGAAGCAGCAGAAGCAGCAGCUGGUCUACAUGCUCAACCUGCACCGGCCCACCUGCAUCGUCCGCGCUCAGAACGGCCAGACGCCCGACGACGAGCGCGACCUCUUCACCCAGCACAUCAAGGACGGCGCCUUCCAGCUCCACAGCCUCACCGCGUCUCCCUCCGCCGCGGCGCCGCUGGACGGCGGCGCGCUGACGCUGGACGACAUCCGGUGUUCGGGUCACCUAUGAUAGCGGCCGGCUUCCUGCGGCAGGAAGUGAACUCUGACCUUUCGGCCGGUUGGGCGGCUUCACCGUUACACUUUAUGGUUCUUUUGACGUUUGACGCUUUGAACCGACACGAAGCACUGAAACCAAACUAACGUUAGUUUUUAUUGUCUGAGUUUUGUACCAGUGAUUUGGAGGCGGGCGGUCGGCGCCCCCUGCGGGUCGGCGCCCCCUGCGGGUCGGCGCCCCCUGCGGGUCGGCGCCCCCUGCGGGUCGGCGCCCCCUGCGGGUCGGCGCCCCCUGCGGGUCGGCGCCCCCUGCGGGUCUCCCACAUGUUGUGUAAAUGUAUAAAGAUUAUUUAUUAGAGGAGCAGAGAUGAUGUGACGUUGAAGCGACACUGUUUGUCCUGUUGAUCUGAUGUCACUGCUGCUAUUUGACGCUCAGGAGCUGCACUGGCUGUAGACUUUGUACUUUUUGUUUUGAGAAUAAACCUCUGAAACAUAAAUCAGGAUGUUUGCUGAUGAGAAAGGAAAAGUUAUGUCCAGUAAAAUCUGUUUGCAUGCAGAGGAAUAUUUCACUACGCAGACGACUCACUGCUGUUCCUUAAAUGAACAAAAUUUAAUCUGCUACAUUUUUUGCAACACAAACCUCUAAAGUUAUUACCCAUAAAGAUGAAGCUGCUCGAAUUCAAGUGUUUUUUUAUUCUCUGGUUUUUAGCUGCAUGUAAACAACAGACGCCUCUCAUCCUGACGGAUCAAAUGUUUAUUUUGUGAAUAUAUUUAUUUAUCCAGUAUAGGUUUUAAACCUUAUUUUGUAAUAAUCUGCUGCCUGACUUUCAUUUUCUGCACUUUGACCUUUUCAUCAGGUUUGAUUCUUACAGGAAAGUUUUAUUCAGAAAAAAAUAGAUUUGAACUUGAAAUAAUUUCCUUACUUUCACUAAUUAUCUGGAGUUAUGAAUAUGAGGACAGGUUAUGUUUGUGUGACGAUGUUUGUAACAUCGUCAGUGUUUUUCGUGUUUUCAUGAUUAUUCCUCCUCAGUUUAACGUCGUUCAGUUUCAGGUACGACGCUGCGCCUUCCCUUUUGUUAUAUUCUGUUUUUGAUACUUUUUUACAUUAAAACAUGGAUUAUUAAA